AUGAGUGGAUGGUUCGCGAUAGUUUUUGUUUUGGUGACAUCGUUCCUUCUGGUGGCCGGAAACAAACCCAACAACUGUGGUGUCUAUGGUCAUUGUUCCACUGAUAAAACAGAUUCGAAGGAAAAUUUGAACAACUUUGGGGCAAAUUCGAAUUUUGAGAGGAAAAGAAGUCAAGUUAAUCAAACCAAAAACUAUGUCAAGGAAGAAAUAUCUUCAAAGAGGGACGACACUUUCACAGAUGUGCUUAAAAACCUCUUAGCUAAGGUGGACAAGGCCAAAACUGCAAUCACAAACUUGAAUAGUGUACCUCAAAGAAACGCUUCUUCUACCGUAAAACCGGUAACGAACCCCGUCAACGUCUCUAAAACAACCGCAGCCCCCGGCACCAGCACUCCCCCAACUGUUCCAACUACGCUAAGCUCAAGUUCCACUUCCGGAAGUACAACUUCGUCCCCGGUCGGAAGUGAGGCCACUACGACUGCGGCACCCACCGUUACAAGCUCUCCAAGCCCUACCCCUACGACCCCGGCCGUGAAACCUACGGGCAACGCCUCGUGUAGUGGAGCUUUAGGGGCUUGUGCUGGUGGUGUGCCUGUGGUGAUACCCGGUAAAAAUAACAUCACUAUUGCUCCUGGGGUCGUUUUAACUCCAAAUGGUGAAAUUAUCUUAACUCCACACCUUCCACUGUUGCCGGGGGCUGGUCAAACUCCAGGAAGUAAACCUUAUCCCGGGACCUUUCCCGCUUUAUUAGCCGGGUUAGCCGCAGCAACCGGUGCAGCCGGAGCAACCGGAACGGCCCCAGCAACCGGGUCAGUAGGAGCUACAGGAGGUGUUAACGCGGUGGCUAGACCAGGAGCUCCCCAAACGUCCUCCAUUGCUCAACAAAGUCCAUGUGUCAAUAACUUCAAGAGUUGUCAGGAUUGGGCUGCUAAAGGAGAGUGCACUAAGAACUCACCGUUUAUGAUGGUAAACUGUCGACGUAGCUGCACCAACUGUGCAAAGUGCGAAAAUAGCCAACGGCAGUGCAUUGAUUGGUCAAAACAUGGAGAAUGCAGCAAGAACAGGCCAUAUAUGGAGCAAAAAUGCUGGCGAAGUUGCUCGAAAUGCGCUCCUUGCGUAAACAAAUUUCCUCACAAAUGCAUCACAUGGGCUAAAGAUGGCAAAUGUUCAUCAAAUAGAAACUUUAUGGAAAUGAUGUGCUGGAGAAGCUGCUCAAAUUGUGUUAAAUGCGAGAACAAGCGAGAUGGAUGUGUGGAUUGGGCUGCGGAUGGGCAAUGCACUAAGACUGCUCCUUUUAUGUUAGAAAACUGCUGGAAAAGCUGUUCGUUUUGUGCUCCUUGUAUCGAUAAGCAUCCUACCAAUUGUCCACUCUGGGCUAAGGAUGGAGAGUGCAAGAAAAAUAGGAAAUUUAUGGAAGACAAUUGUUGGAAAAGUUGCUCAAACUGUUGCAAGGAUAAAAACAAACACUGUUCAGAGUGGGCCAAAGCCCAAGAAUGCACAAAAAACCCUGAUUUUAUGAACGAAAACUGUGCUAAGAGUUGUAAAAAAUGCUGAGCAUAUAUAUUGCUACUUCACUCAGGCAAUGUUGGAAGAUCAGUGGGGAGCUCUUCUCGAAACACCAUCUUUUACAAACCAUUUUAACGUCAUUAUAACACAAAAUAUUCAACUUCUAGAGAAAUGAAUUGCAGUAGUCUCUUGACAAUUUUUUUGUUUGACUCAAGGCCGUUUUACUCAUCGAUUUACAGUCAACAAAGCUAUUCAGUAUACGUCUAAUGGUUAUAAAGAUAAAUUAGACUUACAAAUCUCGUACGUAGAUGAAGUAUUUCCUGCGAAGUGGCCUAGGUAGGAAUUAAUAGGACCGUAUAUACAUCCUUGAUAAAGGAUAUUCCCAUUGUCACGUGCGCAUUGUAGUUAGUUUUCCGCUCAUAAAGGAAAGCUGUCUAACAUCGAUUUAUCGGUUCCUAUUUUAUUAUUCUUUCGUUUUUAAUGAUUAACGAGAGCACUUCAUUUCCAAUGAAAAUAUGUGUCAGCUUGGAGCCUAUUUUUAGCAAAUGUCAAUUUUAAAGGUCGCUUAAAAAGAGAAAUGUAGAUAAUGUUAUGAUAAAUGUCUUCCUAGGGAAAAAAAUAA